AUGGCGGCCGCAGGCUGGCACAUCCAGGACGGCGCCGACGCCAAGGGCCGGCGCGUGAUAGCCGACAGGGCGUACCGCGCCGGCGACGUCGUUCUGGAGGACGAUGCGGCGGCCUGGUGCCUGAUCAGCGAGCAGCUGGGCGCCUGGUGCGACUGCUGCCUGGCGCCCGCCGCCCAGCCGCUCCGCUGCUCCGCCUGCAAGCUGGCCUGGUACGCGAGCCGGGAGCACCAGCGGCGCGCGUGGCAGGCGGGCGCGCACCGCCUGGAGUGCGCCGCGCUGCGCUCCUGCGUGCCCCACACCCCGCCCACCGCCGUGCGCCUCGCGCUUCGCCGCUACGGCGAGGUGCUGGGGCUGCGCCACCACUGGGGGGACCUGCAAGACGCGGCCAAGCUGGAGUGUGCGCAGAUGGGCGCCGCGGCGCACCACCUGCUGCAAGCCGCGGCUCCCGAGGCGGCGGAGGCUGUGGGGCCGCGCGAACUGGCGCUCCUCAUCGCCCGCUUCGGCUGCAACAGCCACACCAUCAGCGACGACGAGCUGCAGCCGCUGGCUGUGGGCAUCUUCCCGCUGGGCGCCAUGGCCAACCACGACUGCCGCCCCAACACGCUGCACGCCUUCCGCGGCGGGCGCAUGGUGUUCAGGGCGGUGCGGGCCAUCCAGCCGGGCGAGGAGGUCACCACCUCUUACACCGAGCUGGCGGCGCCGCGGUGGGAGCGGCGCGCAGUGCUGCUGCAGCACCACCUGUUCGAUAUUGAUGCACCGCCUGGCGAUGGCGGUGCCGUAGCAGAGGCAGCUGCCGCAGAGGCGGCAGGAUUGGGAGCAGGCUCAGCGGCGGAAGCAGCACCGGGAGCAGCAGCAGCAGGAGCAACCGGCCCCAGCUCAACAGCAGCCGGUGCCACUCGGAGCGCAGAGCAGCAGACGGCAGUGCAAGCUGCACUGCAGUGCAUGCCACAGCAGCAGCCAGCCGCCGUGGUGCCGUUGGAAGUAGGCAGAGGCGUGGAGGUGCGGCUGUAUGCCUGCCAGCAGCCGCCCUGGCCUCACGAUGAGCGGGAUGGCGACCUGGCCGAAGUGGUGCUGGUGGGGGCUGGUAGCAAAAGUGGGGCCAGCUGGGGCGGCAUGUGGGGAAGCAUGCAACAGGCAGGCAGCACAUCGGGAGGGGCAGCGGCAGGAGUGGGUACCGAGUCGUUUGGUGUGGAAGAAGAGCUAGAGGGCCACCUGGAGGUGGCAGGGGCAGGGUCUCUGGGCAGCAGCAGCCUCAGCAGCACCGCCCUGGCAGCAGGGCCAGCAUCAGGGGCCCAGCAAGGGGCAGCCGUGAUUCACUGCUGGUCUGGCGGGUUGGCCGAGCAGCGAGCAGCGGCGGAGCAGCUGGCUCGGCGCUAUGCUGCGGCCCUGCAGCUGCAGCAGUCGCUGGAGGGCAUGCUGUGCGACGGCAGGGCAGAGGCAGCCGUGGGGCAGCUGACGCAAGCGCUGCAGGGGCUGGCUGGCGGUACGGCUGGCGCCAGGCUGGCGCUCGGCCCGCGCCACGUGCUGCGCAUGCGCCUGCUGGCUGACCUGCACCGUGCUGCGCUGGCGGCGGGGCUGUGGGAGGCGGCGCUGGCAGCUGCCCGGCAGCUGCUGCCGCUCUACAAGCAGGCUUACCAGCCGAUCUGGCCGCAGCUGGGCCUGCUUUGGGCUAGCGCCGCCAAGCUGGAGCAUCUGCUGGAGCGGCCCGCCCAGGCGCUGGCGGCUGCGCGGGCUGCGGCUGCGAUCCUGGGUGCCACGCACGGCGACGGCGGGGCUGUGGUGCGGGAGAUGCAGCGGGUUGUGUUUGAGGCGCAGCAGGAGCUGGGGCGGGAGGAGGCGUGGGGAGCGGCGGGUGCGGCAGAGGAGGACUGA